AUGGACGAAAAUCAGUCUUUGCUCAUAGAUGGGGACGAAGAAAACCGAUUUCAAAACCCGCUGAAUAGUACAGUAGUGGACACUGAUUUAAGCGGUUGUAAUGCAGAUCAGCCCAAAGGUUUUCGCGUAAAUUUUUUAUCGGAGUUUGAUUUUUUUUAGAAUGGAAGCUGUCACCAAUAAUGGCCGAAAAGGAGGGUGAGAAAGAAGAAGAAGAUGGGCUCUUUCAAAAGCCAAUUUUCUCUCGGAGUAUGAAGCGUUUCCAAAUGCGAAAUCCGUCUCCACUAACUAUUGCCCCAGUAACACCGUCUCGUUUAACUUUCAGAUCUCCAUUUAAAGAUUCUAAUCAGGUAUUGUUGAUGGAAAUUCUUUCCGGAAAACGUUUUUUUAGAAAGAGUAUGGAUCGAGUUAUGAUAAAUCUGUGGAAAGUAAGGAAAAUUCAGCUGUAGAUUUGAAGAACUCAAUGGUUGGCCAUUUUUCGACACCGAAAAGUGAUUCGUGAGUAUAUUUGUUUAAAUCCAACUUGUUCAAACUCGGGCAAAGUCGGAAUGGUGUAUAAUGGCUGCUAAAAGGGAGAGGCUCAAAAAAGGCCGCAGACAGGCAGCAAAAAGGCAGCGAACGGCAGCAAAAAGGCAGCAAAAAGGCAGCAAAAAGGCAGCGAAAGGCAGCAAAGAGACUCCCUUUAUCGAGCCUUCCAUUUUUCUGGGAUUUUAAAGGCUCGAGAAAUGGUGGAGAAACGGAGAGGCAGCAAAAAUGGUGCAUAAGGGCUGAGAACAAGGUGCAAAAAGGCAGCAAAAAGAUAGCCUUCUUCACCCUAAAAGGAACAUUUCUAUGGUCCUUUAUGGACCCUCGGAGGGUCCUUCCGACUUUGCCUAUGAAAAUAUUUGCCGUUUCAAGUGUUUUUUAGGUAAUGGAAAGUUUUUUGAACAGAAUUUGUGUUUUGUGGCUUCAUUAUUUUUUAUUUUCAGAAAAAAUUGCUCGUCCAUCUCAAAAAUCAACAUCUCGACGAUUUCGCCGCUGGAAAUUUCCAACAAAAGUCUAAAUCCAUUUGAUUCGUUUCUCCUCACUUCCAUCCACAAGAGCACCAACUUCAGUCCGAGUGUCGUUUUCAACAGCGUCCAUCAUGUACACUUUCUUGGUUCCUAAAAUUUUUUGGUGUUGAAUAGUUAAAAAAGGGUUUUUUUUCAAUAUUUUUUUCUCAUGGAGAACCUCAUGAUUUCAUAGUAGGAUUACAUCAAACGUUUUGAAAAUUCAAAAACAGAGGCAUAAGUGUUGUGUGUGCCUUUAAUUUUUUUAUUUUUUUCUAAAUACUCGACAAAAAAAUAGUGCCUAUUCUUGGUUUUAAAGCGUUUUAAGAGAAUUUUGAGAUCCGUUGAGAUUUUAGUCAAUAAACAUGUGUUAGAUAUUUCGAAUCAACUUAUUUUCCUGGAAAAUUUUGAGUUUGAUCAUAUUUUUCGCUCAGAGAAGCAUUAUUUGUCCUGUUGAAUUUGUAUAUUCCUAAAGUGAACCGGGAAUUCAUCUAUCCACCUGGAGUUUGAAGAGCUUCCAAUCAGAAAAACUACCUUUUCUUGGAUUAUUCAAUUAAUUUUUUUUAAAGCCUCGAGAGCCUACUUCAGUCGAAAUUUUAUUCACUUUUUCACUUUCUUAUUUCAUCAUUUAAUUUUUUCAGUACCUUUUAAUUUUUAACAAGAAGAUCUACAUAUACUUGCAAUGAAGCAUUUUUUUGAAGGAAGAACACGACGAAGCGGCUGGGACCAGCUUCAAAUGGACCGUCGAACAGAUGGCGAUGCUCAAGCCAGCGAAUAUAACGGACGAAGAAAUCGCCGCGAGUUAUAAUUCGCCGUCAGUUCAAUUCUUCUUUUCUUAUAAUCUUUCCUGAUUUUUCAGGAACCCGGAAGUUGAGAGGAAACUGCAGAAGCUUGUCGAUAAGUACUGGAAAAGUAAACCGACUCGUAUGCUCUCGCCAGACGUUCAAAGAUCUGUCAGUUUUUUUUUGUUGUUCCUCGUUCAAAGCCACGUUCAGGGAAAUUGAUUGAAGGAAUUUAACAUAUUCGCUGCGCGCGCGUCAAAUUAGCUUUCAAUCAAUCAAUUAUUCAUUUUGUUGUAGAUGUAAUCCAGUAGGCGGUUAGCAGGAACUUUCAAACUCAUAUUUUAAAAAAAAUCGCCUCUGGCGAAUUAGAAGCUCAAAGCGUAGUUGAUCGAGUUGGAAGCGUGGUCUUGCGCUCCUUCGCCUCGUUCUGCGCGUAGUCCGUUCAGUUGCGCUUUAAAAGCUCAGAAUAUAGCUAGAGCCUAGAUACCGCCUUCCAGAUGAAAGCUUCAAAAUAUGAAAGACCACGAAAACUUUCCACGGAAUCGGAAGCCUUGAACGCGGUUUACUGAUUUCUUUUGAAAAUUACAGCAAGAAGUUUCGAACGGAGUUCUCAAAGCGAGUUCUUCCCACAAAAGCCACAACGAAUCGGGUUUCUGCAACGCUGUCCGCACUUCGCAAGCCAUCAAGGCCGCUUAUUGCACCUCGUCGCCUAAACAAAGGCCUAGAAGGUGGGAUUUUAAAAAAAAGUUUGAUGGAUUCUUCGAAUGCUCUACAAAUUCCUUCUACCAAGCCAAAGUUCCCUGAAAGAAGAGUUAUUUGAAUCGCUUUAAAAAAUUUUUCGUUGAUGUCUUCUAUCCCAUAUUUAUUUGCAUGCUCAGGUCAAUCAAGCGGGCGCGAAAUGUGAACAUCCAGACGGAUAUCACGAUACCUCCGAGCUCCGAAAUUGAUCUGAAAAAGAUCCUGGGUAACUUGGAUAAACUACUCUGAAAAGUUUGAUUGAUGGAUAUUCAGGCGAAGCAUUUGUGUACAGACAAAACGACGAAGAGGAAGAAGAUUUUGACGUUUCCAUGUGCUCGAAUUAUUCAACGAGAAGACGGUUGUUUCCCGGAGUUUUGGACGGAAGUAGCAAUGAGGAGGAAAACUCCUUCAUGUCUGUUGACCCGAAUGAGUCGACCAGCUCUUCUCAAAACUUUGUUCGUUUUUUGAGACUUUUUUCAAAAUUUAUGGCUUUGAUUGUAAAAAAAUAACAUGGAAAAAAAUGAGGUUAACGUUUAUUCUUGUCAAUUUUCUCAUAUCGAAAUUCUUAGGGUUUUUUAUUCAGUUUUUUUGAACCUCAGCUACUACGGAAUUUUAUAAAUAAUUGAAAUUACCGAAUAAUUCGAUUUUAACAAAUUUUUCGAUUUUUUUGAAGGAGAUCGAUCGUUUUUUUCACGUGCUCUCACAAAUUUUUUUGCCCAUUUUAGAACUUUUUAAACGUAUAAAGAAGGCAAAACCUUGAUUGAAAAAUUUUGAAAUGGGAAAGAUUAUAAUUAUUCUCGGGGAACCUUUUUGAAAGUUUUAAGUACAAAUAUUCAGGAAAAUUUUUUAAUGUUUCGAAAAAAAGUUUUUAGCUUGAUUUAUUUUGAAUCACGUCAUUUUCUGUCGAAAAAAUCACAAAAUUCAAUUUUUCUAUUCUCUAUUCAAAAUGAGCUCCGUUAAAGGAAGAAGGAAUAUCUCCUGUUGAAUUUUCCGAAGUCAGCAACUCGAUUUCUUCAAUUAUUGCGCAAAUAACGACGAACGAUGAAGUUUCAGUUGAGGUUCCAGCGAAGAAUGUGAGUUUUUUUUUUCAAAGAUCGAAAAAUUAUUAUUAAAAGUUUGUAUUGAAUUUUUUGAACAAUUUUAAUCAACUUUUUGAACUUCUUCAGGCUCUCAAUGAAGCCAACGACAGAAGUUUACACCGGCAGCCGGGCACGCCGACGCAAGAAUUCGACGAGGCCGAAUUUCAGCCGGGAUCUGUGCUCCGUCGAGAAGACCUCGACUUUACGCCGCGACGCGAUGCCGCAAGAUCCGGCGAUUUGCGACGCUUCCUUCUGGAACUGUCGCCGAUAGAUUUCAACGUUGAGAGGGUUAUCGAGGAGUACGAUUGAGCCGGAAAACUCGAUUUUUUCAGUUCCCUUGUGAAACAAGGUUCAAGACCUUCACUUUUCCCAGUUAA